GUCCGAAUUGGGCUGUUGUGUGGAUCCAGUGGGCCCGGGUGGCGGGAUGAUGGAGGAAGAAGAACUGGAGUUCGUGGAGGAGCUGGAAGCGGUGCUGCAGCUCACGCCCGAAGUGCAGCUCGCCAUAGAGCAGGUAUUUCCAAGCCAGGAUCCUCUGGAUCGAGCAGACUUCAAUGCUGUGGAAUACAUCAAUACCUUGUUCCCAACUGAGCAAUCUCUGGCAAAUAUAGAUGAAGUCGUGAACAAAAUUAGACUGAGAAUAAGGAGAUUGGAUGACAACAUUCGAACUGUUGUGAGAGGUCAGACAAACGUGGGCCAGGAUGGAAGGCAAGCACUUGAGGAGGCCCAGAAAGCGAUUCAGCAACUCUUUGGCAAAAUCAAAGACAUCAAAGACAAAGCCGAAAAAUCAGAGCAGAUGGUUAAAGAAAUCACCCGAGAUAUUAAGCAGUUGGAUCAUGCCAAGCGCCACCUGACCACCUCCAUCACGACGCUGAACCACUUGCACAUGUUGGCAGGUGGCGUCGAUUCCCUCGAGGCCAUGACCAGGCGAAGACAGUAUGGAGAAGUUGCUAAUCUUCUCCAGGGUGUGAUGAAUGUUCUCGAACACUUCCACAAGUAUAUGGGAAUCCCACAGAUCCGGCAGCUCUCUGAAAGAGUAAAGGCUGCCCAGACUGAGUUAGGACAGCAGAUCUUAGCCGAUUUUGAAGAAGCCUUUCCAUCCCAGGGUACUAAGAGACCUGGAGGACCCAGCAAUGUCCUAAGAGAUGCAUGUCUGGUUGCAAAUAUUUUGGAUCCCAGAAUUAAACAGGAGAUCAUAAAAAAGUUUAUUAAGCAGCAUCUGUCAGAGUAUCUAGUACUUUUUCAAGAAAACCAAGAUGUUGCCUGGUUGGACAAAAUUGACAGACGCUACGCCUGGAUAAAACGCCAGCUUGUGGAUUAUGAGGAGAAGUACGGCCGUAUGUUUCCACGGGAGUGGUACAUGACCGAAAGGAUCGCUGUGGAAUUUUGCCAUGUCACAAGGACAGAACUUGCCAAGAUUAUGCGUACCAGAGCUAAAGAAAUCGAGGUGAAAUUGCUUCUCUUUGCCAUUCAGAGAACCACUAAUUUUGAGGGGUUUCUUGCAAAACGCUUUUCCGGCUGCACCCUAACAGAUGGAACCCUGAAAAAACUUGAGUCGUCUCCAUCCCCAUCCACCAAUCCCUUCCUGGAAGAUGAACCAUCCGCAGAGAUGGAGGAACUGGCCAUGGAGAAGGGAGAUUUAGACCAACCCAAGAAGCCUAAAGCCCCAGACAAUCCAUUUCAUGGCAUUGUUUCCAAGUGUUUUGAGCCUCAUCUCUACGUGUACAUUGAAUCCCAGGACAAAAACCUUGGAGAGCUGAUAGAUCGCUUUGUGGCUGAUUUCAAAGCCCAGGGUCUCCCGAAGCCCAACACCGAUGAAGGAGGUGCUGUUCUGCCCAGCUGUGCUGACCUCUUCGUUUACUACAAGAAGUGCAUGGUACAGUGCUCCCAGCUCAGCACCGGCGAGCCCAUGAUCGCGCUGACCACCAUUUUCCAGAAGUACCUCCGGGAAUACGCCUGGAAAAUCCUCUCUGGCAACCUGCCCAAAACCACAAGCAGCAGUGGGGGGCUGACCAUCAGCAGCCUCCUCAAGGAAAAGGAGGGCUCUGAAGCAGCCAAGUUCACGCUGGAGGAGCUGUGUCUGAUCUGCAGCAUCCUGAGCACAGCAGAGUACUGUCUGGCCACCACCCAGCAGCUAGAAGAAAAACUCAAAGAAAAGGUUGACGUAAGCCUGACCGAGCGCAUCAACCUGACUGGAGAAAUGGACACAUUCAGCACCGUCAUCUCGAGCAGUAUUCAGUUGUUGGUUCAGGAUCUAGAUGCCGCCUGCGAUCCUGCCCUGACCGCCAUGAGCAAGAUGCAGUGGCAGAAUGUGGAGCACGUUGGUGACCAGAGCCCUUACGUCACCUCUGUCAUUCUUCACAUUAAGCAGAACGUCCCCAUCAUCCGUGAUAACCUUGCUUCCACGCGGAAGUACUUCACUCAGUUCUGCAUUAAGUUUGCAAACUCCUUCAUUCCCAAGUUCAUCACCCAUCUCUUCAAGUGCAAACCAAUUAGCAUGGUGGGAGCAGAACAGCUGCUGCUGGACACGCACUCCCUGAAGAUGGUGCUGCUCGAUCUGCCCUCCAUCGGCUCCCAGGUGGUGCGGAAGGCCCCUGCCAGCUACACCAAGAUUGUUGUGAAAGGCAUGACCCGGGCCGAGAUGAUCCUCAAGGUGGUGAUGGCACCUCACGAGCCGGCAGUGGUGUUCGUUGACAACUACAUCAAACUCCUUACAGACUGCAACACAGAAACCUUCCAGAAGAUACUGGACAUGAAGGGCCUGAAGAGAAGCGAGCAGAGCAGCAUGCUGGAGCUCUUCCGCCAGCGGCUCCCCAGCCCGCCGGCGGGGGCAGAGGGCUCCAGCUCGCUGUCCCUCAUGGCUCCCACGCCGGAACAGGAGUCAUCCCGCAUCCGCAAGCUGGAGAAACUGAUUAAGAAGCGACUGUAGGAGC